UUGCAGUCCAAAUGUUCAAAUCCACCACGACGAGGACGCCGAAGAGAAUAGCUUUUGCGGUGGCCUACAACUAACCCGGCCACACUCUCAGGUAAACGCAGGCUAUGCCCAAGACCUCCCCAAAAGGAUUCCAGCAUAAGCUCUCGACCUCGGGCACAGUCGAGAACAGAUCCAUAUGAGUAAAAGAACACCCGCAUGUCCGGCAGUCUCUGAGAGGGUUGGCAGAACGGCCAGAUCCCUUUUCUAGUCAUGAAUGGAGACUCGAGCCUGGUCGUCACUCUGGUGGAUCGGCUUACAACAAGAUUACCCCACCGUACCGGCUCUCCCUUGAAUGAUUUCAACCGCGAUGAAAUUGUCGUCCUCACCCGCGCAACUCUCGUUGGCGUUAGCGCUUCCUGCAUUGGGAUUGUGGUCGAAACACUUGUUCAAUUGCUCGAAGAUCUAGCCAAGCCCUAUAAAGGCGUUCAGUCGCAUCCGAUUCAUGUUCUACACUCUGAGAUAUAUGUCGUAGAACUUCUGGCAGAGUGCUGUUCUACGCAUUGGGCGAGCGUGAAUGCCUCGAGGCCUGGCAAAGGGCGACACCAUGUGCAGAGCUCCGAUUCUGAAAGCUCUGGGUCGGAGGACUCGUCGAAGAAAACCGUGGCCCCUGAUGAACACUAUGGUCAGAAGAGGCGAGCAUCGCGAAACAAACUCCUUGCACGGAACACCGCACCAGAACCUUUGACUGAUGACGUGGUGAGGAGGUUGAUCGACGCCAUCAAGUUGUUUUCCAGGCCGGUUUCUGAAAGUUACGUCCUUCCUGCCUCCAAUAUCCUGGACGAUGCAUUCAAAGGAAUCCCCGGGGGCGAUCGAUUGGGACUGGAGAGCACAACUUCUGCAAAUGGGCAUCUCAACGGGGCUGAUGUCUCCAAGCUGCUCCUCGAUAAAUCCGAAGCUAUCGAAGCGUAUACUCGGGGGAUCCUAGAGUACGUCUCUUGUUCAAACUGGGCUCGAGUCCUCGAUUACUUGAAGACCUCGCUCCAACAGGCGGCCCACCAACCAGCGGGAAGCCUAGUUCAGUCAAACGUUAUGAAUGACGACGAUAGGAGCGCACUGAUCACGCUUCGGCUCAUCUCAUCUUUCUGGGUCGACAGUCGCAAAUUAAGUGUGGUCAUUCAGGAGCUAUGUGGCAGUUUCCUGCAUCUUCGCAAAGCGUUUCAGACCACGGUUGCAAUAGUGUUGCCCUUAUUGAUCACCAGAUGGCUUGAACGCAACCCUGAAGAGUUUAUAGAUCUUCACUCGCUGCAUAAAAGAUUGGAUGGCGGUGCUGAAACAUUGUUCGAUAUGACCAAUACUAUGUUUGAUGGAGGGAGAAGAAAGGCCCUUCUAUUCCCCUUCCAAACCUCCUUGCUCUUUUUGUUACCUGACGUCUUCGAGGUUGCAAGCAACAUGCGAGACGUCAAGAGCAGCAGCAUCUCUAAAAAGGUUUCUUUUCUAGAGAUGCUGAGGAAAUCUUUGAGGAACAGGAAUGAAACAGCUAUCUACUGUUUGACUUCUGUUCUACGAGCUGCCAGGCACUUUCCCCUCGACAGCGAUGCAGCGCUUCUUAGCUUUGCUCUGGAUGUGCAAGAAGAGGUGAGGGAAGCCGUUUUCAGGAGAUAUACCCCCGGAAUGGACACAUCGAACAUUGACAGUGCUCUCAUGACGGCGGCUUUCGUCAGUCUGGCCCAUCUCAAUUUUGAAGCAUGUGUGGAAAGCUUAGCACCCCUUUGUUUGGCUCCCAGCGCACCGCAAGACUUCAAAAUCACUGUCAUCUCAUCGUGCUCUCACUUUGCUAGGCAAUCUAAUGCUGGGGAGUAUCAACCAUUAUUUGCAAAGGUCGCAGAGUUUGUUCGAGCGCAGCUGAAGGCCACUUCUUCAGAGCGGCGGAACUCCUACCCUAAUGAACAAUUUACACCCCUUAAGCCACUUCAGAUGGCCGGCUCCACAGACAUGAUCUACAGUAUUCUCGCGUUCUUAGAUGCGUCUCCACUCACCCUCUUCAAUGGCGCACCAAAUGAUAACGAUGAUUUUAUCCUUUUCUAUGAGGACAUUUUCGCAUCGUUCACAACGUAUCUGAUCACAGACGAUGAUCAGAUCAGAUUUCUCACCAAUGCGGUUGCUCGCAAAAUCAUGACCGAAUGCUCUGGUCCAUUACUGCAAAAAGGCCAGAGUCUAGGCCCUCGACCUUCAAAGUAUAACUUCUGGAAAUCCACUUCGAUCGUGCUUAUAACAGUCUGCGAAAAAUUGAUUAAUCUGAGCGAAGACGAAAAGCCAACCCUUAGUUUUAUCCAUGAUUACUUAGAAUCGCGGUUGGCUCUUUUGAGGACAGUGGCUGAAUUAACAGAGAUCACUGAAGACAUGCCCGAGCGCGCAGUUGCAUGUACCAAACUCGAGACCGCAUUUUUGGUGUCGCUCUGCUCCACGGACAUUUCGGUAUGCCAAGUGGUCACCAAAUGCAUAUCGCUUUUCUGCGAAGAGGCUCGCCUCGUGAGUGAGUCAACCGAAACGAAUAAGGCACUAAUCCCCACUCUUCGCAAUAUGGACAUAUAUCUUGAAAUUUCAACAAGAGAGUUCCGGUUUACUGGGCUUGUGGCAUUUCAGAAGCGGGUUCGAGGCUUGCUCAGGCAGAUGCAACUUCCUACUGCUGGCAUUCUGACUGCUUGGGAGACCGUCUUCGACGAUUGGCUCAAACUGUCGAAACAAAUAUUCUCUCGUUCCGCCGAUACGCUCGACGAAAGAUCGCUUGUCGAAUGGCGUAAUUACUCUGGCUUUCUCGCUUCACUCGGAGGCUCUUGCAUUUCAAAUCAAGCUCUUGCUCCUGAAGAGCCUGGCCUGGCUGGUCUUAGAUGGAUCGACAGACUCUCACCUGGUAGCUACGAUGAUACCAUCCUUGUUAGAUACAUGAAGCAAAGCAUUCAACUAUUGGCAAGCAACAACGUCAGGAUACGAGAGGCUACUAGAGAGACCCUUUCUACAGAGCUGUCUCCAUCGCUAUACCUACCGUUAUUUGAGGCCCUUGAAUCAGAACUCGGAGUUUUGUUCGACAGCCCCAGGACUUGUACCUCAUCGUCCAUCGAAUCCCGUGUCACCUUUGCUGAACAGGCAGCCGCUCUUUUGAAGAGCAUUGUGGAGAGACUUGGUGGCCCAGCGGAGACAGGAGCCGCGUUAUCUAUUGAUGUGGGUGCCCUUACGCUGAACUUCGCCAAAUUCCUGGAUGAGAUGGCAGAAAGCGCGAGCAUCCUGAGGGUCAAGAUCAAAAUCUGCCAGUUGUGCGAAACAGUCACCCAGAAGAAAGAGCUACUGAACUUGAGACACGAUGUUCGUAUUAGAAAUCAGUUGCUGGAGGUCAUCUUUGGUUGGAUCGCUCGCCCAGGAUCUCCAAAGGAUGCUGUUGUCUCCGCCGGUGCUCGUGUUGACGAGAUUCUCAGACUUCAGAAAGAUCUGGAUAGAGCAUGUCUGAAGGCUCUAGCCGAUCUGACAUACCGGCUGCCUCUUCAACCCGCAGAAGGGCAGACUGACGCUGAUACCAGUGACCUCAAGUCCCAGAUGUUCCACACAUAUUUCAACCGAUUUCUCUCUUUGCUGAACUAUGAAACGGCCGAUAUUGGGAGGAAUGAGGUACGACUGACGGUCACAAUUAGUGAGGAGUCCAUGACAACUCCCGAACUGGCCAUCAGCGCGCUUUCGAAUCUUCUGAGCGCCAAUAUCGAUGUAGGUCUCAAGCAUUCGUUGGGCAUCGGAUACCAUGAAGAUCUCGAUAUCAGAACGGCCUUUGUUAAAGUUUUGUGCAAUAUAUUAAUCCAGGGUACCGAGUUCAACAAUCUAUCAGAUGCGGCUGUCAAUGAGAAAUACGACGAGCUUCUCGAGCUUCUAACAACUGAUAUGGCCUUGACAAUUGCACUUUGUGACGCUUGCCCAAGUUCCGAAGUGGAUGAGAUGACAAUAUCACUGCUCAAUAUAUUCGAUUCUAGAGGGCUCGGCUUCGUAUUAUUAGAGGCUUUGAUUGAUCACGAAGUUGAAGAGACGGAAAACGAAGCCGAGCUUCUCAGGAGAAACUGCGUGGCAACCAAAAUGCUAUCAGUUUACGCGAAGUGGAAAGGGGCAGCGUAUCUCAAAGCGACUUUGCAAAAAGUCUUAGAGCGUCUCGUACUCACAUCCAAAGAUCUUGACCUUGAGCUUGACCCUGCACGAACCACAUCCGCAGAAGAGCUUCAGAAAAAUGCUCUUCAGCUUCGUGUGGUGACAAAAGUCUUCAUCGAUGAUAUUUGCAAUUCAGCUGCGCAGAUCCCUGUUUCCUUUCGGAAAAUAUGUAGUAUCAUCUCUACCGCUGUGAUGAAGCGGUUUCCGGAAGCCAAGUUCACGGCAGUGGGGGCCUUUAUUUUCCUCCGGUUCUUCUGUCCUGCUAUCGUAGCACCGGAUGCUGAAGGACUCAUUACAUCUGCCCCUUCCAAGGAAAUGCGUCGUGGCCUACUUCUCAUCGCCAAGGUGGUUCAAAAUCUGGCAAAUAAUGUGCUCUUUGGCGCAAAGGAACCCUACAUGUUCCCUCUGAAUGACUUUCUAACCCAGAACAUCUAUCGUGUCACCACAUUCCUGCGAGAAAUAUCGGUUCCACCAAACGUACCUGAUCCCGCCAUUGAAUCCGAGUCUUUUGACUUUGGUUCUUGCGUUGCUCUGCAUCGAUUCCUUUACGACCACUGGGACCACGUCCGUCAAAAGAUUGUCCUUCGAGAGAGAAAGGGUGCCCUUCGCUCCAUUGUAGAAGUCACCAACAGUCAAAUUCCGAUCCUGGAGGCCCUUCGGAAGCUUAUUACUAACCUUGGUCCUCCGCCCAUGGAUGUCUCCUGGAAUCGACCUGCUAUUUCAUCAAACAGCCCUCCUUCUUAUUCACGUUUUCAACAUUUCAUGCUCCGCAACGCCGGUAGAAAUACGGAAUCUCUCGUCUCAACCCGCGCCGUUUAUGAUGGUGGUGAAAGCAAGGACGGCUUGCCGAUGAUCUGUAUCAUACUGCGAAAUAUUGACACGGAAUCUGCAGACUAUGAACUUCUCCUUUUUGGAUAUCUGAAGAUUGCAAGCCGUAUGUGGCACCGUCCAUUUGGUAUUCUGAUCGAUGCGACGUGCUACAAUGGCCAAAAUGAACCUCAGGAUGCACUAUUCCGAAAACUAGACCUCUUGACUCCGUCAGAGCUGUCAAAGCAGUUGUCGAGAGUCUACGUAUACAACAUGAACAGCGCUUUCAGGAAAUGCUUCCGUCGGAUUUUACGCCUUUCUGCUAAGAGCGAAAAUAGCGCCUUCCAUCCCAAGAACGUGGACUAUCAUUUGAUUGGUAGUCUACAAGACCUCCAAGCACAUUUUCAUCUCAGUCAAUUACACCUUCCGAAGGAGACGAUCAGCGUUGUCACUGACACGCGAUAUGUUUUCCAGCCCAUUACUAGGCUCUCGAAGACGAAAGGAAAGAUUGAAGUGGUCAUUAAGGUUGGAAGCCAGUUUGUGCAAGUUACAACGACAAAGAAACAGGAGGUAGUGCCCGGUCUGAGGCUACAUGCCACUGUCAACGACAUAUUCCGCCUUUCAGAGGUUGACGAGGCGCCAACUUCCAUUCAAACUGAAGAUGACUCAGCCUUUGGGCUUCGAACAGAGAAUGGAAAGAUUGUAAUGUACUUUACGAGUCCAAGAAAACCCGACGUCCUACAAGCGAUCCGUGGAGCCAAGGCCAAAUAUGGCAAAGAGCUGAGAACCUUGAAGUCUUUUGAACGACUUGUUCGGCCCCAAGAUGUCCCGGGGACCCUGUUGAACAUUGCUUUGACCAAUAUGGCCAGUGCAGACCGGGUCCUUCGGUUGGCUUCCUACAAUCUACUUUGCGCCCUCUGUCGUGCCUUCAAAUUCGCAGCAGACUCAAAAUUUCUAAGUGCCAAAGAACUGUGUGUACCUUUGAACCCAUCACACUUCAUCGUCAACGUCAGCAGGCAGCUUGCUCUCUCUGAGCCUCAACUUACAGCUGAUUUUCUCAACGAGUUUUUUGUGGGCUGGGAGAGCUUCCCAUAUGGCCAGCGACCUUUGAGCCUAACGUAUAUGGCCCCGUGGCUGCCUGGUCUCCGGACAAGUUUAAUCCCGACAGACUCGGACGGUGACAAGGCGAGAGAGAAAGUUGCAGCCAUAUUCCGAAAACUCAUCGAUGUCGCGAUCUCGGACGUGGCCCUCGGUACCACCCUUGAGCAGUGCGUCUGGCCCGCGAUCAGUAGAGAUGAGAUUUACACGGACAUCUUCUUGGAGGAAGCUGUCAAAGCUGCUUUGGGCUUUGGUCUCGAUGAUGAACGAACCGAGGUCCUUGGGUCCAUCAUUACUUCUCUUGGCACCAUUACCAUUCGCGGCAAACUGCUCUUCCGACUCCGGAAAUCCCUCAAUCGGACUUCGUUACGGCCUACGAGGCAAUUGCCAGAGAACACAGUUUGGACAGAAAUUUGCGUACUGCUUCGUUUGUGCCUUUCAAACUCAUUUGACAGCGGCGUCCAAUCCCAGCUGUACUUGCCAGAGCUCUUCCAUCUUGUCACUAUGCUGGCCAACACAGGCUCGACGAACGUGAGACUUAUGGUCAAUCGUUUGCUCGUAAAUACAGUUCACGCGAUAUGCACUACGUUCCCCUUGGAAGAGAACAAGCUUGCACGGCUUAAAACCCUUCUCCUGUCCAUAUCAGAACCCCGUAGUGAAUCCUUUUUCAACAUACCUGGUCGAGAUGUGGUACCUGCAUCGACUUUGCAAGACUCUGGUGUACCCACGUUGAUGGCAACAGAAUCUCUUGCCGUUCUUCUCUCUGAAAUAAGUACCCUUGGCGCUGCGUCGGUCGAUAUGUCCAACGCCUGGCGCUCAAGAUGGAUGAGCUUGGUAGCCAGCACUGCAUUCCAAAGUAAUCCUGCUAUCCAACCCCGUGCAUUCACUGUCAUGGGCUGCCUGGCACGAGAAGAUGUAGAUGACGAUCUCCUGUAUCAGGUUCUCGUUGCUCUUAGAAACAGCAUUGGAAGAUUUAUGGAAGAUAACGACAGCGAGAUGCUCAUAGCGAUAGUCACCUCGCUGACCAAAAUGAUGGACAAACUUCCUUCGGCUUCUCGAUAUGGGAUGCAACUCUUCUGGCUUGCCCUGUCUCUCGUUAGGCUGGUCCCAUUGGCGCUGUUUAAUUGUACAGCCUUGUUUCUUGACGCGGUCUUGAAUAACAUUGCUACCUCCGGCGAAUUCAAGGGUGGCCGAAUGGUUCCAACAUUGCUACAGGGCAGGUUGUCCCUUGAAGAUGCUGCAUUGCAGCUUGACGAGAUCUACGGCAUUCAUUUCAACAUCGAGAAUUUCCAUUUUGCACUUUGUGCUUCGUUGGUAAAAGGCCUCACAGACUCUGUCACAAAGGGAACGGCUAUUCGAGUAUUGUCAACAUUCCUUGAGAUAACUAGCUACAACGCUCUGCAAGAGAUGAGAUUCCCGAAAGACAUGAGCUGUCUGCCCUACCUUGGACUUUUAAUGUCCCGAGCAAUGACGCCUGAUGAGGCCAAGGAGAAUCUUUGGCUUGCUGGUUGGACGUCUGCUCCGAGUGGUGCAACAUCUGAGGAUGUUAUGGAAAUGAUAGACUUGCAAGUGGUGAAAGAUAAAGAACUCUUGCUCAAUGCUGCCAUUGGAAUUGUGGACUUUCGUUAUCUGGAAGACACAGUUCAACUACACGGCCUACUUUGGCUCAACAGGAUUGCCAUGAAACGUCCCACAGUCGUCCUUCAUCUUUGUGGGCCGGUUGUUCGCAUUUUGGACGAUAUUCUCGUCUCAUGCCAGAACACUGCCACACUUGAAGCCGCCCAUCAAUUGCUCAGAACUCUGACAUCAAAUCCAAAAUUCUCUGGGGGCGUAGAUACCGCCGAGAUGUUAGAGGAUGUGCUCGACGGCAUUGGGUUUGGUGGUCUGUGGCGCUCAUCCAGUUUCCAUACAACAAAUGAGCAUGAAAGACAGUGUACAGCCUUGACAGACAGACUGAUUGAACUUAUCAUUGCAUAGUUUAGAUGGAGAUCUUGGUGAAGCAGAUUAAGGUUUUGCAUACUUACAUUUCUAUGUUUGACGAGGCAUGAUUGAUGAAAAACGAGGCGAGAACUUCGAUUAUUUGAAUAUUACAUGAUACCCUGUUUGUAGACUGGUUAAUUCCCGAUAAAAAGGCAGUCUAUUGGUCAUUUGAGGUCUCUUAUCAAUCGAGAUCCAACGGAGUGAAGUUGGUAAAAUCAAACUCUGCAGGUGAAUUGGCGACAGUCAACGGCUCUCUUAUUGCUGAACAUGCCGGUUGAUGCAAG